AUGCCGGACACGGGAUUUAGUAGCAGCACCAGCCAUUGUAGCAAUAGCAUCCGAACACCGAUUCGGUUGGGCACCAGCAUCACUAGCAGCAGUAGACGAGGCACCAAGAUGACCGGCGGCAGGAUCUCGCAACCCGCUCGCAUGUCUCGCAGGCUCCAGCGACCUUCCGGAAGAUCGCUUCUUUCACGUCGUUUCCUCGCCAACCACCUGUCCGCUAUCGUACCGAUUGCAUUGCUGCUGAUAGCGUUCUGGAGUGAUUUUGCGUAUCUGAGCGGCGAUACCGAUGGUGGUGGAGUGCUGGCCGAUGAAGUAACCACCAUUCCGCCUGAAGAAACAUGGACUACGUCCAGCAAUGAGAACGUUGGCACUGGAGAGGCGGCUCCAUUCGAUGCGUCAUCCCGGGGUAGUAAAAAGUUUGGUGAUAAAUGCGAGAGCACCACUGAGUGUGGCUUCGCCGGAUCGUUCUGCGAUCCGAAGAAGCAUACAUGUCAGUGUACUGUCGAUUUACCAGCAACCAAUCAUAUUGACAAAUGCGGCAAAAAACGACAAGUGAACGAAACAUGCUUCUUCAGUGAACAAUGCGAAGCGAUGACGGAACAAACGGAAUGUCGUGAUGGACGGUGCAUCUGUCUUUUCGAGAUGAAUGCAUUCUUCAAAUCGGAUGGCAGCGUCGAGUGUCGAGCCCCGAUCAAUAAGCCGAUAGAGCCGGAAAAAUACAUCGAUCCAGCAAUGAUUGGUGUGUUAGUGGCAAUGGCAGUCAUGUUUAUCAUCAUUUGCGUAGUCCUUCGCUUAUUCAGCAAGUAA